UUGUCACAAUUUUACUGCAUUGUGCACAGAGAAAAUUCUGGAAAAAGUCUAUUAUUUUGCAGCGGCACUGCAGCAGUGAAUGUCAGAAUAUAUAACACCCUUUGGGCGAAUCGUUGACGUGGGUUUUUGUGGUGUUUUUCGUUGAAAAUAAGCGAGAAGUCUAUGCUUCAGCGUAGAUUAUAAACAAUAAUUCAUACCUCAAGGCCCGGUGUUUCUACGCAGUUUUAUAAUCUGUGUUUCUACGUUUGUAUUAUUUUUCUUGUGGGUUAAAACCUUAGAAUAAGAUGGCCGACGUUGAUGAACUCACCGCCGCAGAGUUGCAUACGAAACUCAUCAAGGAACAAAUGGAGGAACUAAAGCAAAAAGAACAAGAAGCCGAAAUGUUGCAGCAAAUCGAAGACGACCACUUCAAGAAGAAGAAGAUCGUGGUGGAGAUACUAGAGUGGCAUUUGCAGGAGGAGAGCCGCCGACUGGCGAGGGAGUGCGCCCUCUACAACAUCCGAGAACACAAACCUAAACUAAAACAGAAGGCCAUGGAUAUCCAGGAGAAUCUGGCGAUGGAGAACGAGAUUCUUCUAAAGCUGGAGAACCUAGAGCUGCACAGGGUCAUACACGACGCCAUGAACCGCCAGCGGGUCAAGGAGAGCUUUGAAAAGUACGCCAACCUGGUCAAAAUGCAACAGGAGCUGGAGAAGGAUAGAGAGGAGGAAUUGGACUUGGUUUUCGAUUCGGAGGCGGAGCUCAUUUUCGAGAGGCAAUCCGAGGUGUGGAUGAGCGAGGAAAAAGAUCGUCAAAAGUUACUAAAAGAAGUGCUGGCAACCAUCAAACAACAAAUCGAGUAUAACCUCGAAAAAAAUAGAGAAAGACAAGGGGAACUUGAAAGAGAAAAAGAAGAGCACGAGAAAAACAUACGGGAGUACAAUGAGGAGUUGGAAAAGCUCAGCAGAGAUGAAGAAAAUAACCCAAGCAGACAAUUCCAGGAGGAAAAUAUAAAAUUAAAGGAAUUGGGUAAUCAGUUGGUUUUAAGUACACAGAAAAAACAUUUUGAUGAAGCUUCCACAAUGGAAACACAUCGUUUUUAUUGAUCCGUAAUUUAAUUAUUAAUUUAUACUUUAAUAAAUAUACUGUUAUAUUAAUAAAGAAAAUAUUUAAAAAAAAAAAUCUUAAAAAAAUAUUAGGUAAGCUUAUUAAUCUAUAGUAGGUAUAUAUAGUAUAUAGUUUAAACCUAAAUAACCCAAAUUUUUUGUAAUAUUAUUUAUAAAAAACAUUUUGUUGAAGCUUCCACAAUGGAAACAC